UUUGCCAUUACUACUAGUAUUCUCAUUCAUUUUUUGUUUUUAUUUUUUGAUUUUCUCAAAAUGCUCACGCGUCCGCCGCUGGCAGUUGCGCUGAGCCUCGUCGGGGUUGGCAUUGUAGUGACUGGCAUUGUGCGCUCAUGGCGUCUGCACAACCGGCGCUCGCUCUCGACGGUCGUUGCUGCGACACUGCCAUCGUCAUCGCCAUCAUCAUCAACAACUAGUGCUACUACUGCGACUGUACCAUCAUCAUCAGCAUCAGCAUCAGCAUCAGCAUCAACAGCAUCAUCGUCCGCUGCAGGCCGAAGCCCAAGCUCGCCGUCGCCGCUUACCUCAUCGCCCUCCUCCGCCAACCACUACACUUCUGCGUCUGCUGCGUCUGCCGCUUCAGCCAACUUGACUGCCCUGCGGCCUGCCUCGAUCGUCGCUCCCACCGCUGCUGCUACUACUACUACAACGACGGCUGCUGCCGUCGAGUCUGCUUCGAAUGGCCGGAUUAUCAUUGGCAACUCGGAGGCAUUCCAGGCCAAGCUCGAAGCCAUCGUUCAAGGUGGCCCGCAGUCGCUCCAGGUGAUUUCGGACUUUGACAUGACCCUGACCCGAUUCCUGUACAAUGGCAAGCGCGGCGCGUCUUCGCACGGCAUCAUUGAGCAUAGUCACAUGUUGGAAGAGGCCUACCACGAAGCCACGCACAACCUGUUCUCGACCUACUAUCCCAUGGAAGUCGACCCGACCCUGACUCAGGCAGAGAAGAUUCCGCACAUGGUGGCUUGGUGGGAGUCUGCCCAUGAGCUCCUCAUCAAGCAUCGCAUGAACAAGAAGCUAAUCCCUGAAAUGGUCCGCGGCGCAAACAUUGGCUUCCGCGAGCGCACGAACGAGUUGUUUGACCUUUUGCACGCGAGCAACAUUCCUCUGCUCAUCUUUUCGGCUGGCAUUGGCAACGUCAUCAAGGAAGCUCUUGCCAUCAAGGCGCGGCUACAUCCCAACAUGCAUGUCAUCUCCAACUUUAUGGAGUUUGAUGCUGAGGGAUACACGAGCGGCUUUGCCGGCAAAACCAUUCAUGUGUACAACAAGCAGGAUGUCGUUGUGAAGGACUCUCCAGUUCACAAGUCGAUUGCAGACCGCCACAAUGUCAUUCUUCUUGGCGACAGUCUCGGCGAUUUGCAAAUGUCGCGAGGUGUCGAUGUUGACAACAUUCUCACCAUCGGCUUCCUGAACGACAAGGUCGCUGAGCGCCUUGAGAGCUACAAGCAAGCCUUUGAUGUUGUGAUUCUUGGCGAUGGAUCGGUUGACCUGGUCUACAAUUUGAUCUCCAUGAUUAUCAGCGGAGAGUGCGACGAGGCCCUGCUUCAUGCAUCAGCAUAGAAAACAUUAUCAAAAUUAACCAGUUGCGAACUUUAUUGAUUGCUUACUCUUGUUUUUUUGGGCUGUUUUUUUUUGGUCUUUUUGGUUUGUAUGUGAAUUGAAAUACAAUGUUAUUUCUUCG